AUGUUCGUUAAUGGGUCCGACUCAGAACGCCGAUUGACGCAAAAGCUGGCCAAUGCAUGCACGGUUAUUCUGCUCACCAGCAAACACCAGAUUCCGUAUAAAGUGCGGCUUACAACUCGCAAGCUGCAAAUCGCAAGUCGCAAAUCCAGCGGCUUUUGUCCCAAACGCACCGCCUUCUGCGGCUGCUACCGAGAUGCAGCUGAACCGUUGCCUAAUCAGUUCGUGCACCAGCGAGCAUCGGCUUGCACCACCAGCAUCCGCAAGCGCGUGUGCAGCGAGCGACUUUGUUUAGCUUGCGUGGUUAGUUUGCUUUUUCCCCUGUUUGCCUCUAGGCUGUACGACAUCGCCGUUCGCGUGCCGGGCCACGACCAGGCAUCCGUCGUAGAUGCCAUGCUGGAAGGUGUUCGAGGCCUGCUUCGCUCCGACGGCGGCGCUACUACGACAUUUACAAACACUGGCACGCUCAGCGGCGCCACGCUUCUCUCCACGCCCCCUGCUCUAACAUCACCCGCGUGCUCCAUCGCGAUCGCCAAUACAACAAAUGCAAGCGGAACACAAGACAUGACCAGACGGCGAGUCAGUGACGACGCCAGCGGUGAAGAUUACCCGGGAGUCAUAAACUUGUACAGCAGCUCACCACGCGACGUCGGUUUUUCACCUGGUCCUCCGGUGCUCCCAGUGCGUCCGAAUGCCGCCACGCUGACGGCGGCGGUGGCCGGCUGCUCGUCCAGGCCCGCCGCCGCCACCGCCGCCGCCGCCACGGUAGAUGCCUCAAGCACGGCGCCAGAGCCGCCGACGGGUGGUUGCGACAAACGGGACACCAUUGCCGCACAGUGCAGCCGCCGUUCCGAGUCACCUGGUCUCUUUGGAAGCGUUGGCAGGCCGGGCAGUAACGCCAGCUUGGCGAGUUGUGCGAUGACCCAUGGGCCUGUUACGGCUGGCGUACGGCAGAGCACUAACCCCGUUGCCCCCACAUCAGUAGCGGCGGCAGCAGUGGGAGACAGUGCGGCGGCAUCAAGGGCCUCAGUGUCAAGCAGUUUAGGACCUACCCCGUCAAUGGCGGCGGCGGCGGCAAGUGCGAAUGCGAGUGCGAGUGCGAGUGCGAGCGACGGAGGACCGGUACCGUCUUCGACAGCUCGCUGCAGUGCAGGACCGCAGCUACAGCCCCCAAUGCCGCCGCUGCAGCCUCCCACAGCGGAGGUUUCGGAACGUGUUGAUCCGCAUAUAAUGUCCCAAGUGAUGCCGCGCUUUCCCCUUGGCAGCCUGCUCGCUGACCUGGAGAAUGCCGUACAGCCUUUGCCGCCCUCUACGGGCAGCGGACGCUCAAGCGUCAUCACAGUCCACGUGUACGACAUCCGUACGGCACAAGUUGACCAAGCCUCCGUUUGGACGCUGGUUCCGGAGCCUCGACGCAGCAGCCGCGCCUUUGCCCAGGCGCUGGCCCUAGUGGACAGGCCGUACAUGGCGUCGAGGAACCCCGUACGACAGCAGCAGCUGCAGCUGUCGGCGGCGGGGCCAGUAGCGGCGGUGGCAACGGCGGGGGGGUCUGCAACGCCAUCGUCGCCGUGUGCGAAUUCGACUAUGUCGAGAACAUCGACGACAGGUCCAACGUCGCCCAAGGCCGCGGCGAGUGGGGAGUGGUCCAAGGAGGGAGACGUCGACGUCACCGAGGCGCCUGGCACUGGCGGCGGUGCGGCCGCGGCCCGGAGAGCAUGUAGCCGUUAUGUUUAUGGAACACUGCGAGAUGGUGAGGGCGAUCUGGCGUCACUAUUGUCCUUGUCGUACAACCCGUUUCGCCCCAAUCGUCGAUGGCCACCGUACAUGGCCGCGCGUGCCGUACUGCGUUGCGCACGGGAGGUGGCGGCGGCGUUGGCGCACUUGCACCGCCGGGGUGUCGUACAUGGCGGUGUUAAACCGACAAACGUGUUGUUGGCGCCAUCGCGAGGGGAUCUACGGUACUUCGAGGUCAAGCUGGCGGACGCCUGCUUUUCGGGGAGCUGUUUAGACGACAAGGGCCCGGCAGCAACCAGUACGGGAUUGCUGUACAAUUCCCCCGAGGCCUUACGUCAUGGACCGUCCAUGAAGGCAGACGUAUGGGCCUUUGGUCUGCUGCUCCUGACCAUGGUUUCGGCGCCGCAGCCACCCUUCGCCGGGGAGCUCACGGCCCCCUUCCCCCAUCCCGUCGCUACCGUCGCUUUGGAGUUUUUUGACGCCGGGAGUUUGUUCCAGUGUCCCGCGGGUCAGUUUGCAACGCUGCUACAGCCGCUGUACACGCAGUGCACCCGUCCAGAUCCGGACGAGCGGCCCACUUUUGAGCAGCUGCAUGAAAGUGCGUGUGUGCUUGCGGCUAUUUAUGUACGGCAGAUUUAUGUACAUCUUCGCGCACUGGAGUCGAGAGUUCGAAGCGAAAAGCACAGCGGCGGCGGCGGCGGCGGCUCCCCCUUUGGAGCGCCUGCGGUGGCGGCAGCGCCGUUGCCGCCACCACCGUCGCUGCUGCGUUCGCCGCCGCCGCCGCCGCCAGGACCUGCCGCCGCCGCUGCGGCCGGCAGCGGCGGCGGCGACGGCGGCGGCGGCGGCGGAACUGCUGAGGGGGCGGGGCAUGUUGGGGCCCCCUACGGGUCUGUUUCACGGUCGACUCACUCCGCCUGGUCGGGGGACCUUUCAGGGUCGUCGCAACACGAGCUUCCACAACGGGGCAGCAACAAUAGCAAAGCAUAG